CGAACAUAUAGCGCUGAAGUAACGAGCGAAACGCAGCGGAAUUGCGGGAAACGCCAGGAGUGUUGCAACUUGUUAACUUCAAGUUCCUCCUCACGUAAUUUCGUUGAAAAAGCUCAAGAAAUGGAGAAAAACAGUAGCUGUUGCUUCUCCAAUUUAUCUUCCAAUCUUCCAAUCACUUGUUUCGUCACCUUUAUUGCAAUUAUCUUAGUCCGAAUUCUCUACGUGAUUUGGCGAACCUGCAAGCCACUGAGAAAAAGAACUUCGCAGCAGCCUCUCAGCACUCUCGUUGUUUUGGGUUCAGGAGGACACACGGCAGAGAUGAUUGAUCUCUUGUUAGUUUUGCAAAAGAACAAGUUUACGCCGAGGUUUUAUAUAGCCGCUGCUACUGAUAAUAUGAGCCUGCAGAAAGCUCGUGUUUUGGAGAAUUCUUUGGCUGAUUCGAGUGGGGUCAAGGAAAUCUCUGCUGAGUUCAUGCAGAUCUAUAGAAGCAGGGAAGUUGGUCAAUCAUAUGUAACCUCUGUUUGGACAACUUUAGUAGCCCUGGCUCAUGCAUUGUGGCUGAUGAUUAAAAUCAGACCUCAAGUGGUUCUUUGCAAUGGCCCUGGUACUUGUAUUCCUCUAUGUGUAAUUGCAUUCAUUUUCAAGGUGGUUGGAAUUAGAUGGUCAUCCAUCUUUUAUGUUGAGAGCAUUGCAAGAGUAAAGAGGCUCUCUUUAAGUGGUUUGUUGCUUUACAAGUUACGGAUUGCAGAUCAGUUCUUUGUGCAAUGGCCACAACUGCAGAGAAAAUACCCUCGAGCUCAUUAUGUUGGUUGCCUGAUGUAGUUAAUUAAGUCCACUGCUGAUGGUCAAAUUGUCGCUAGGGAGAAGAAAGGCAAGCACUGGGUGAUGCAUGAACAAAAGUAAUAAUCUUCCUCUGCUGGUAGAGAUUUUAAGUAAUCUGGGUUCUCUGUAAUCUCUACUUAUGGUUUUAAACUAUUCUGCUAUUAUAUGGUUUAAAGUAGUUCUUUAAAUCCACAAAUUCAGUAUGUGAGGUAAUGUUUUGUGUUCGGUGGUUGUAAAAGUCAAGGUGUGGUGUGGAUAAGAUUAUGGUUUCAUUGUGGUUCUUCUUCAUUUUGUUUUGUGGUGUGAAGUUUUAUGUUGGGGACUUUUCUGUUUUUUCUUUAUGUUUGGGAAUGAUGCAUGUAUUGUCAAUACAGUAAGAUGUCAAAGUUUGGUGUUCUGUUU